UCAGGGCUCUCCAGUAACGUUGGCGGCCAUUAACCGGGUAGAACGCUCGGUUGCCUCUGAGGAUACGACUCGACGGGUCAUAUGAUCGGCUCUCCUAGAUAACAAAGUUACAAAACACUCGAAAGGGAAAAAGAAAGAAAACGGACAAUCCUACCAGUCGGUCGAAGAAGACAGCAGAAGAAGAGGAGGAACCAAAGGAGAGAAGAUGGCAGCGUCAUUGGCAAGUAGGAUUUUCAGGAAACCUCGCGCUUCUUCCGUCUUGCCUCCGUCUUUCUGCCUUCUCCAUCGAUAUGCAAGCACUCUAGUCAUAGCCGAGCAUGAUGGUGGAACGGUGAAACCAUCAUCGUUGAGUGCGGUGGCUGCUGCUGAGGCUAUUGCCGAGGGAAAUUCGAUCUCCUUGUUAUUAGCUGGCUCUGGUCCAUCCGUCGAAGCAGCUGCUAAUCAUGCUGCCACAUGCCAUCCUUCAGUCUCUCAGGUGCUUGUUGCUGAAACGGAGAAGCUAAUGCAUCCUCUUGCUGAACCUUGGGCAGAACUGAUCCAUUCAGUUCAAAAAAAGCAUGUCUAUUCCCAUAUAGUCAUGGCUUCAAGUUCAUUUGGAAAGAACAUAUUGCCACGGGCUGCGGCACUUUUAGAUGUUUCUCCUGUUACAGAUAUCAUAGAAAUACGCGCAUCUCGGUUAUUUGUAAGGCCAAUUUAUGCUGGCAAUGCUCUUUCCACUGUUUGUUAUACUGGCUCAGACCCGUGUAUGCUGACUGUCAGACCCACAUCAUUUCCACUGUCUAGCUGCGACCCAAGACCAGAUGCUGCCCCUGUCUCCCAUGUUGAUGUUUCAGUCUUUGCUGAUUAUCAUUCAAAAUCAAAAUGGUUGGGCCACACAUCUCAAGAGACAGAACGCCCAGAUUUAGGUAAUGCACAUAUUGUGGUCACUGGAGGCAGGGGUCUGAAAAAUGCAGAGAAUUUUAAACUAAUUGAAAAGCUGGCAGACAAACUAGGUGCAGCUGUUGGGGCAACUAGAGCUGCCGUUGAUGCUGGAUUUGUUCCAAAUGAGUUACAGGUUGGCCAAACUGGAAAGAUUGUUGCUCCAGAACUGUAUCUUGCAUUUGGAGUUUCAGGUGCAAUCCAACAUUUGGCAGGAAUGAAGGAUUCCAAGGUUAUAGUUGCUGUAAAUAAAGAUGCAGACGCACCUAUAUUUCAGGUAGCUGAUUACGGGCUUGUAGCAGACCUAUUUCAGGUGAUACCUGAGUUGAUUGAGAAGCUCCCAGAAAGAAAGUAGCCUCUAUGUUUGUGUUUACGCAACUUCCUAAUUAUAGGAACAUUGGGUGCUCCAAAUUUUCAAUUGGAAAAUAACCAGAAGUCCAAUAAGUGCAUUCGAGCAGCUGGCAGAUGAAAUAUUUUAGCGAUGAGCAUCUAAAAGGGAGUACAGUGGGGGUCAUUUAUUUCUAACAGGGUUUCCUCCACCUUAGCCCAGAAGCAGGUGGGUGAGUUUGUUGAUGAAAAACCAGCAAAUUAACAGUGAGGUGGUGAUCUCCACCAUUUUGUUGAGGUUUCUGAUAAUGGUGACUCUCGUUGGAGUAAUUUGGGUUGUAGCUCCUGUACUGCCACCAUGAAGGUGGUUCUCAUUGAAUAUUGAAAGUCACAUUUUAAAUUUUGUGGUUGGCCAAUAAAGAAGAAGAAAUAGCAAGGUCC